AUGGAGGAGUACUACUACUACUGCCGUCGCCGCCGCUAUCAUUACUACUACUAUGACCACUAUCACUACUACUACCAUGACUACUAUCACCACGACUACCACUACUAUUACCACUACUACGAUUAUGACCACUACUACUACUACCACUAUUACUAUUACUACAACGACUACUAUUACUACUAUUACGAUUAUUACUACUACAAUUACUACCACUAUUACGAUUACCACAACAGCCAAAUUAUUGCUACCACUGCUACUACUGUUACCAUUACAGCUACCACCACCGUUACUACUACUACUAUCACUACUAAUAAUUCAUUUGGUAACCUGCAUGAAUCGUGA